UAUUACACCCUAAUUUUUGUUCUUGAAAAAGUCCCUUCUUUUCCUUCCAUAAUCAUCUGCCUCCCACCGUCGUCCCUCUCUUCUCUCUCUCGUCUCUGCGAAUCGGUUUUCUUGUCUUUUUCUUCUCUUCUAUCUCAGUUCUCACCCACUGCCGUGUCCGCUGGUUUUUGCCGGAUCUGACCCGUAUCCAGUGUGUAUCGUGUUGAGACGGCUACUGCACCACAAGUUGCCGAGUCCGGAUAACGAAGGCUGCGACAAACAGAAGUAACUUUUUUUUCUUUAUUUAACGCAAUUACAGGGUUUUUGAAAAUUAAAAUGGAGGUAGAGAAUGCAGAAAAAGUAAAUCUGGAACAGAAAAAGAAGCAUAAAGGGAAACACGAUAAGCCAAAGCCAUGGGACGAAGACCCAAACAUAGACCGUUGGAAGAUUGAAAAGUUUGACCCUUCUUGGAACCCCGAUGGGUUACUGGAAGUCAGCUCUUUUUCCACUAUCUUCCCUCGUUACCGAGAAAAAUACUUGCAAGAAGCUUGGCCAAAGGUUAAAUCUGCUUUGAAAGAAUAUGGUAUUGCUGCUGAGCUCAACUUGGUUGAAGGGUCUAUGACAGUUUCAACAACAAGAAAAACUAGGGAUCCAUAUAUUAUCAUUAAGGCCAGGGAUCUCAUCAAGCUUCUAUCGAGAAGUGUUCCUGCCCCUCAGGCCAUCAAAAUACUUGAUGAUGAGAUGCAGUGUGACAUCAUAAAAAUUGGAAACUUGGUUCGCAAUAAGGAGCGAUUUGUUAAAAGAAGGCAGCGCCUUGUGGGGCCAAAUUCUUCGACUUUGAAGGCACUUGAAAUAUUGACAAGCUGCUACAUUCUUGUUCAGGGAAACACUGUUGCUGCUAUGGGUUCAUUUAAAGGUUUGAAACAAGUCAGGAGGAUUGUGGAGGACUGCGUAGAAAAUAAAAUGCAUCCAGUAUACCAUAUCAAGAUUCUCAUGAUGAAGAAAGAGCUUGAGAAGGAUCGAGCACUCAAAGAUGAAAACUGGGAUAGGUUUCUUCCAACAUUCAAGAAGAAAAAUGUUCAAACGAAGAAGGUUAAGAGUAAAGAGAAGAAACCAUAUACACCAUUCCCUCCUCCUCAGCAACCUAGUAAGAUUGAUCAAGAACUGGAAUCUGGAGAAUACUUCUUGAGUGAGAAAAAGAAAUUAGCGAAGAAGUGGGAAGAGAAGCAAGAGAAGCAGGCACAGAAAGCAGCUGAAAACAAAAGAAAAAGAGAAGAAGCAUUUGUUCCUCCCAAGGAACCCGUGAAGCAAGAUUCUAACAAGUCAGAGAACAAGGAGGAAGAUGUUGCUGCCCUUGCUAUGUCCUUGAAGCAAAAGGCCAAGGAAUUCGGAAAGCAAAAAUCUUUGCAAACUAUCAAUGCUGAAGAAUAUAUUUCAGCCCCUGCUGCCGAACAGCCUUCCAAAAAGAAAAAGAAAUCCAAGCAUACCUAGUAUAGGUAAACUAUAAAUUUUGUUGUAGACAAGUUCAUGGUAUGACAAAUUUUGCUAAAUAUGUGCUGGCUUUUGUCAAUCCGUGGUGCGGAUGUGCAAUUGUUGAGAAAAAAAGGCUGAUAUUUGGUAAAAAAACCUUGAUAUAUCAUGUUGAAGCUUAAAUAUAGUUGAUCACCCGACUAUGUUUUUGGGAUAAUUUAUCAUAUAACUUACAUGAUAUCAUAGUUUCAGAGUUUGAAUCAUGGAAACUGUUGUACAUUUGGAUUUUUAGUCAAUGUUUUGGUGCCCA